GACCCCCUUCCCCAGAACUAGAGACACCUCCCCCGGCCACCGGCCCACCGCUGCUUCUCCCGGUUUCCAUCCCCUUCCUUCUCUCCCAUCGCCGAUCCAUCCGCCCCGCCGUCCUCCGGCAGCAACCGCGGCGAGCUCCAUCCCCACCCCACCCCCGUCAGGUCCGCCGCUGCGGCAUCCAUCCAUGGCGUCGCCGGCGCUCAUAUGCGACACCGAGCAGUGGAAGGCCCUCCAGGCACACGUCGGCGCGAUCCAGAAGACGCACCUGCGCGAUCUCAUGACGGACGCCGGCCGCUGCAAGGCAAUGACAGCUGAGUUCGAAGGGAUCUUCCUGGAUUACUCGAGGCAGCAGGGUACCGUUGAGACGAUGGACAAGCUGUUCAAAUUGGCAGAGGCCGCAAAGCUCAAGGAGAAGAUUGAGAAGAUGUUUAAAGGUGAAAAGAUAAAUACUACGGAGAACAGAUCAGUGCUCCACGUGGCUCUGAGGGCUCCAAGAGAUGCAGUCAUUAACAGUGAUGGGGUGAAUGUUGUCCCUGAAGUUUGGAGUGUUAAAGAUAAAAUCAAGCACUUUUCAGAAACUUUUAGAAGUGGAUCAUGGGUUGGGGCAACUGGAAAAGCAUUGACGAAUGUUGUCUCAGUUGGGAUAGGUGGUAGCUUCCUUGGGCCUCUAUUUGUGCAUACUGCCCUCCAAACUGAUCCGGAAGCAGCAGAAUCUGCCAAAGGACGGCAACUGAGAUUUCUUGCAAAUGUUGAUCCAGUUGAUGUUGCACGAAGCAUCAAGGAUUUAGAUCCUGAAACAACUCUCGUUGUGGUUGUCUCAAAGACCUUCACGACAGCCGAAACAAUGUUAAAUGCUCGAACUCUUAAGGAGUGGAUCGUUUCUUCUCUUGGACCUCAGGCUGUUUCCAAACACAUGAUUGCUGUCAGUACCAAUCUUAAGCUUGUGAAGGAGUUUGGAAUCGACCCCAACAAUGCUUUUGCAUUUUGGGACUGGGUUGGCGGUCGCUAUAGUGUUUGCAGUGCUGUUGGUGUUCUGCCCUUGUCUCUUCAGUAUGGAUUUCCAAUUGUUCAGAAAUUCUUGGAGGGUGCUUCCAGCAUUGACAACCACUUCCACACAUCUUCAUUUGAGAAAAAUAUACCUGUACUCCUUGGUUUGCUGAGUGUGUGGAAUGUUUCAUUUCUUGGAUAUCCGGCUAGAGCAAUAUUACCGUAUUCACAAGCACUUGAGAAGCUUGCACCGCAUAUUCAACAGCUUAGCAUGGAGAGUAAUGGAAAGGGUGUCUCCAUUGAUGGCGUUCGGCUUCCCUUCGAGGCUGGUGAAAUUGAUUUUGGGGAACCUGGAACAAACGGACAACACAGCUUCUAUCAAUUAAUCCAUCAGGGAAGAGUUAUCCCUUGUGAUUUUAUUGGCGUCAUAAAAAGCCAGCAGCCUGUUUACUUGAAAGGGGAAACUGUUAGCAAUCAUGAUGAGCUGAUGUCCAAUUUCUUUGCCCAGCCUGACGCACUUGCUUAUGGAAAAACUCCUGAACAAUUGCAUAGUGAGAAAGUUCCCGAGAAUCUUAUCCCUCACAAGACCUUUCAGGGCAACCGGCCAUCACUGAGUUUCUUGUUGUCCUCGUUAUCUGCCUAUGAGAUUGGACAGCUUUUAGCCAUCUACGAGCACCGGAUUGCAGUUCAGGGUUUCAUCUGGGGAAUCAACUCAUUUGACCAGUGGGGAGUGGAGCUCGGCAAGUCACUGGCUUCUCAAGUGAGGAAACAGCUGCAUGCAUCCCGCAUGGAGAAAAAGCCAGUCGAGGGCUUCAACCCCAGCAGCGCAGGUUUGCUGGCACGGUUUCUUGCGGUUGAGCCAUCGACCCCAUACAACACUACGGUGCUGCCAAAAGUGUAAACUGAGGCUGCGAUGGAUGUUUUGGCUGGCUCGUCUGAGUUUGACAAGUUUUCCUCUUCUUUUUCUUGAGUUACAACCAGUUUGGUUGUAGUGUAAUUUUCAAGUUUUUCUUUACUCCAACCUGGGGAACGGCACAUGAAUUAUCAUGGUAAUGAAAUAAAUUGGUGACCCUUGACAGUGAGGUAAAAUAACUUUAAUGUAAGUUGGUCUGCAGUGACAGUAAUGAAGUCAGAAAGAUGGUUUUUCCCAC